GUGCUGUCCACUGGACUGGAGUCUGUCCCCGAGUCCCUCAUCCAGGAAGCUUUUGACGUCUUCGACGUGGAUGGGGACGGUCAGAUCUCCUUAUCCGAGCUUAGGGUAAUGCUCUCAGGAGAAGGACCCUUGGUGGAGGUUUUGCCCAACGGCCAAACGGUGGACGAAGUCAUGGAUGAAAUCGCUGGAGGCAAGCAGAGCAUUUCCUUUCCCGACUUCGUGGAGUACAUUUCCAAGGUCUCCGUGAAAAGGCGGAAGAGCAGGGACCGAACUUUCAAUGGACAAGGGACAGCAGGUCAACAGGUGAUCGCGAGCAUGGUGGAGGAAUUGGAAGCUUCCGAGGACGAGGUUUCAGACCCGUCACCGGAGGAGAAUAAGUUCCCGGCCAUGGAGGCCAGCGUUGCGUCGCUGCUACAUGCAGCAGCUUCCAAGGACGAGGAGGAUGCACUGUGGAGAGCUUUUGGUCCUCAAUCCAAAGAGCGAUGGGCGCAAAACAGGCCCAACAGUGGCGGGCCUUCUCUCAUUUUGCCUCACGAAGCCUUCCACGGCACAGUUCCUGCGGUGCACGAUUUCCUGUUGAAAGUCUUCAGCGGCACGUUGGACCAAGACGACCCUGUGGUGCAG